CCCCCAUAUGUCGUGUCAUCCGACCUCCGUCAGAUGGCUGACGGCAGCGCCAGGGCGGGGCCGUCCAUCUUGUUGCGGGCCUUGGCCACUGUCCGCGAGAAGGCAGCAGGACCACUGCCGCCCGGCUGGGGCGCCUCGGUGGUGCGGAGGUCGAUGUAUGUCAGCCCAUCAGGCCACUUGAUCAUCCUGAUGGAUGCCGCGAAGUCGUCGCCCUCCUCCUCGCCACACAGUAUGACGAGUCGGUAUGAGGGGCCGAUAGUGUUGUAGUGGUAGUCGAUGGUGCGGCAGCCGUCCCACAGGGGCGGCUCCUGGUCCACCAGGGCACAGAUGCGACGAUACUCGGCAGAGGACGGACUGUAGGACCGAUCCGACACCAAACGCGACGACAGCAAUGCCAACCUGAAAGAGCAGGGAGCGAAAAGGCAGACAACUCGACGCAUUGCUGUGGUGUGUUCUCUCAUUUGAGUCGCUGCAUACCUGUUGAUGACCAACCCACGGAAGCUGCCACACUCGAGAGCAUCGUCUGCAGACACACAGACACACAGCGGCAGACACCAUCCAGGUCAAGUUGCCUCUCCUGUGGCUUUGCCCUCCCAUCUUACAAUGGCACGGGGGAUCGGCGGCAUCGAAGCGAUCUCGAUACCUCACCGGAACCGUCUGCUUUGUGUGCACCGUCACCACAUACCGGUCCAGCCUGUCCCGCCCGUUGGCCGUACGCCUCAGCUGCAUCCAAUUGCCCAGUCGGUGGCUGAAGAGGGCGUAUUGCCUCAUGCUGGGCGGCCGGCUGUCGAUGACGGCCUUGCUGCCCGCACGCCGCAGGUCGUUUUUCCUCAGCUGGAUGGGCAGCUGCUGCACUCGUCCACAGCUCUCGGCGAUCCGCAGCAGCGGCACGUUGCCCGUCCAGUCGCCCCCCGUCACCAUCAGGUAGUGGAGGCGGAUCAGCCGGAAUGGCCGACGGACGCCGGUCGACCGGCGCAGUGGGGCGUAGCCGAUGACGCCUGUGAGGCCGUCGCGGCGAAUGAUGCUGUCGAUGUCGGCGACCAGGGCGGCCGCGACUGUGCUGCUGACCGCCUCGGAUGUGCGGCAGAGGGCGAUUGUGUUGUGUGGGGUGAGGGUGGCGGGAUCGUCACGGUGGCCGCUGAUGAAGGGCAGCAGGGUGCCGCCCAUGACAUCGGUGGGAAUGUCGGGCAGCCCGGGUAGGAAGGGCGGGUCGGCAGCACCAGACGGCUCUACGGGCGGCGCGUCAAUACGGCGGCGCUUCGCAUCGACCUCAACCUGCACACACAUCACACCACACACACAUUGGCCGGCAUGGUGAUGGCGACUUGGUGCAGCAGCCGUACCUUCUUCUUUGUUUGAGUGGUCUCUGUGGUUUUCUCAGCGACGGCAUUGGCCUCCUCAUCGUCUGGCGUGACCAGGGCGAAGGUCUUGGAAUGGCCUUCCAGCUAAACCACACACAUACACACGCACGCACACCAACACAGUCAGGAGACGACACACACACUUAUCCAUUAGUCGAAGUGUACCAGUGCCACGCCAUUGAGUCCUCUGAGUCCGUCCUUCAGGGGGCCGAGUGCGUCGGAGAUGUCUGCAGUGGCCCUCUCGAGCAUCGCCAGACGCCUCCCACAAACAGAGCCCUGCACACACAGACCACACACAUAGGAACGGAAGACACAUUGUGAGUGUUCAGACGCAGUCGUCGACUCACUGACCUUCGCAGCUAAAUGUCUGAUCGUAUCGCCCAUCUGCACACACCGCACACACGACACACAUGUCACGUCACCCACCACCACCUGGGUGCAUGGCUUCUCACCUGCGUCUGCAGCGCAAUGAAGUGCUCAUGCAGGGUAAGCAGCCGCCCAAACGAAGCACAGAACCUCUGCAAGGGCACACGACACCACGAGAUGAUCAUGAGAAGCAGACAGAAACAUGACGGUCUUUGCAUGUCUGUGUGUCUGCACAUCAUGGCUCACCGACUGCUCAUCUCCUUGGGUGCCGCUAUGAUUGAUGAACCCAAAGAUAUUGCUAUAUCCACCACCGCCUGGCCAACACCCAAACCACGCCACACAUGAGAAUUCCUCCCCGCCCUCGCUCAGUCAGUUCUGUCAGCCCACCUGCGGCAGCUGAUGCCGAUGCUGAUGGGCCGCUCAUGCCGCCCGCUGCGGCUAUGCUAACGGGAACCUCAAGCAAUGUCUGAAGACCAUCGCACCACGACGCAAUGAGUGUGUGCUUUGUACGUCUGUGAUCUCUCGUGCAUUUGCUUACCGCUGAGAGGGCAGCGAAUGUCCGACGAGCAAAUCACUCAAUCGAUGAGUCAAUGAGCCUAUUGACAUGGGUGAACAGCGGUGUUUGUGUGGCGAGGCGCCGCUCUCCUCUCAUGUGCGGCUUACAUGCACUGGCUGAGGUCAUACACCCGCAACUGGACGCUGCUUUUCGCCAUCUUGAACACACAAGCGAAAACGCCCCAGG